CCUAGACCGGCCAAAACACAAACACCCAACACCAUUUCUGCUCCGAUCCCGUCAACAAGAGGAAGAGAUUACACCAUCGCCAUGAGUUCGGCAGCUCGGAGAACCGGAGGACUAUUCGAAGGACUAUACAAAGUCCUUAUGCGCCGUAAUUCUGUCUACGUCACUUUCGUUAUCGCCGGUGCUUUCGUCGGUGAACGGGCAGUUGACUAUGGAGUUCAUAAACUCUGGGAGAAUAACAAUGUUGGGAAACGGUAUGAGGAUAUUCCUGUUUUGGGACAGAGGCCAACUGAAUGAAGUGGGCAUCAAAUGUGAUUUUUAUUUUGUUCAUCCUAUUUUGGGAUAUUUGAAAGGAUAAAUUGUAUGAAUCUUGAUAAUAAGUGAUGAUAUUUUUUUUGGGACAAACUGGUUGUGGUAUUACCAGAAUUAGAUCUUUCAACUUUGAAGAGAAGGCAAUUCUCAUGAUUUGUUUGAAUUUUGGUCUAAUUAAUUUAUAAAAUUCCUGUUGCAAUUUCUUAA